CGUCCGCUCAAACCAGAAACGCGGCCGUCCUCGUAUAUUAUGCCCGCCCAACCGCCGCCUUUUCUUUAUCUUCGCCGGUUUUAAUCUCAGGCUGGGAGGAAAAUCGCGGCUCGCAACCUCUCUCGGUUGAUUUGGGAUUUGGGAGGCGCUAGAGGUAUCCAGACUUUGUUGACUCAUGGCUCGUACUAAGCAAACCGCUCGCAAGUCCACCGGAGGAAAGGCUCCUAGGAAGCAACUAGCCACCAAGGCUGCCCGUAAGUCUGCACCCACAACUGGGGGAGUGAAGAAGCCUCACCGCUACCGCCCUGGGACUGUUGCUCUUCGUGAAAUCCGCAAGUACCAGAAGAGCACUGAGCUGCUCAUAAGGAAGCUUCCAUUCCAGAGGCUUGUUCGGGAGAUUGCCCAGGAUUUCAAGACUGAUCUGCGUUUCCAGAGCCAUGCAGUGCUUGCUCUGCAGGAGGCCGCGGAGGCCUACCUGGUGGGUCUCUUUGAGGACACGAACCUGUGCGCCAUCCACGCCAAGCGCGUGACAAUCAUGCCCAAGGACAUUCAGCUGGCUAGGAGGAUCCGUGGUGAGAGGGCUUAGGUUCUCUGCUACUGGGGGUGGCUCUGGUGUGCAUCUGUUCGAUGUUCCUGCUUUUGUGGCGCUGAACAUCUGUUGGUGUCUUGAACGCUGAAUAGUGCUAAUGUUUAUUUGUAGUGGUAGGAUGUCCGUGCUGCAAUCUUACUACGUUGAGAUCUCUACUAUGGUCUAAUUUGCUAGUAUUCGCACUAAACUGCUAGUCUCGCCCAUUUACGUGAUGGGUGUGUAUCUACGCUUUAUCUAAACCUUGAAUUGACAUGUCAAAAUGGUUGAUUGUGUCAGUGGUUUGCAUUA